ACAUCGCGAGUUCGCAACACUGCCAACACAACCCAGAGUGUUCUCCCAGACUCAUAGUCUCCCACUACGUGUUACCCUGGACUAAUUACUAACCUAUUAGGGUUUCAGUUCUUCCCUGAAAAGUUGUCGCCCGUUUGGGUUUUCUGGGUUCCCGCCUACACAGAGCAUUGCAAACGGCUACGGACCACGCAUUGCCCGUUUCCAGGGAAAACAGGAGGUGGUAGCAUGCGUGGAGACGACUGUGUUGAGCGCUUUCUGUUUGGCGGUGCGAUAUCCAGCUUUUUCUCUCUUAGGUUCCAGGAUGUGAGCAACAUCCGAGAAGUUCCCGAUCACCAGGAGGUUUUUGUGGAUCCUGCUCGUGACGAGAGCCUCAUCUUUGAGCUAUUAGAGCUGAAGCACAAUGUUGAAGAUAAUGCAAGUUCUUCCUGGUUUCUUCAAGACCUUGCAGUAGAACAAGAUGCUGAAGGAAGCGUGGUGAUUGACCAGUCAGGAGUUGUUGAAGUAGAAAGCUUGCGUUACAGAAACAUGCCUGCAAUAGUUACAACUGCAGUUGGUCAAAUGGCCAUUUCUAAAGGACGUCAAGGAAGAGAGGCACAAAACAUUGUGAGGGUUUAUUUGGCAAAUUUGCGUCUUAAGGAAGUCAACACUGAUGUGCUAAUCACUGCAUAUGAGCCAAUCUUAAUAAACCCUUUGAGUGAAAGUGCUAGGACAGUGGGAGCUGGUUUAGCUGUCUCUGCCGCACAAUCUGGAUGUAUGCUAAUGGCUGAUGUCUUCAAACUUGCUGUCUCAAGCUUCAAGGUCGAUGACUGGAACCUUUUUGGUGCGGGGACUUAAGCGUGCCUUUAAAGGUAUUCACCCAGGAAAAAAUAAUGCUUAUCUUUAUGCUUGGUGCUUUCUUGUCUGAAAUGUAAAUGACAAUGCCAAGUUGAAUGUGCACUGGAUCAUUCUGUAUUAUAAAUCGACUUCUUGGAUGUCCUUAACCUCUGUUAUGUUAUUGCUUGUUUGCGUGUAAUCAAAUGUCACAUCGGCGUA